AUGGCAGAGCAGGCAUUUAGGAAGCUUCUUCCCCUCUUUGAACAAGUAUUACUUGAAAGGAGCAUAGCUGAAACUGUAACGAAAGGAGGCAUUACGCUACCAGAAGAGUCUCAAGAAAAAGUAGUAGUUGCUGGGUUAGGCACUAAAAGAAGCGGAGGCAAAAUUCAACCAUUUAGUAUGAGAGUUGGAGGUAAAGUUCCGCCAGACUUUGGAGGCACCAUAUUGGUUUUAAAUGAUGAAGAUUCUUAUUUAGAAGUAGUGGUAUUCUUGGGAAGUAUGUAG